AUGCAACUCCUGAACGUGCACACGUACCGGCUCGAGCGCUUCCCAGACGAGCGCUCGACACCGCCGUACGCCAUUCUGUCCCACAUGUGGGCGGAUGGGAAGGAAGUUCAGCAUGCCGACAUGCUCAAGCAUUCAUUUGACAACAGGGACGAUGGCCUUGACUGGAAGAAGAUCGACUUCACGUGCAAGCAAGCCAUUGCCGAUGGUUUUACUUAUGCCUGGAUCGACACUUGCUGUAUCGACAAGAGUAGCAGUGCAGAACUCUCAGAGGCUAUCAACUCCAUGUUCCGGUGGUAUCGAGCAGCAAAGGUAUGUUAUGUGUAUAUGUCAGAUGUUGGAAUUGCCGGGUUUGUAAACGACAACGGCGAGGGGAUCGAAACAAGUCCAAAUCUCACCAUCGACCCCGAAACAAAUGACCCCCACCUCAGCGUACCCAUGACCAGUCCAGGGCUCUCGGAGACGCUGCAAGUCCAACAAUCUCGAUGGUUCACGAGAGGUUGGACGCUGCAAGAAUUGAUCGCACCACCUGCCGUCGUCUUCUACGACUGCAACUGGAGACUCUUGGGCGAUCGAGCACGGCUCCUACCAUACAUUGCCGCCGCUACACGAAUCCCUUCCGACUUUCUGGAAGGACGUGUGCCUCUGCACGAUGUUGGCAUUGCAGUGAGAAUGUCCUGGGCCUCACGGCGGGAGACCACACACAUUGAGGAUGAGGCCUAUUGCUUACUUGGCAUAUUCGAUAUUAACAUGCCACUGCUUUACGGCGAAGGUCAGAAGGCUUUUACCAGGUUGCAGGAGGAAAUCAUGAAAGUGUCCAGCGAUCAUACCAUCUUUGCCUGGAACGGACCUGAAAGGCAAUUGCUGGCGCCGGCACCCGUUAACUUCGCAGAUUCGGCAACGAUCGUUCCCAGAGACUUUCCGAAUCGUGACGAUGUCUAUGAAAUGACCAACCGUGGUUGUCGUAUCUCGCUCGCACUAUUGUACGACCCUGUUAGUGCUUUCGCGGUGCUGGACUGCGUGGACUUACGCGCGCCUAACACGGACGUGUGCUUGCCAUUGUCGGCAGAUCGCGGUGAGCACCGUCCAAUUGUACAUGCAGAACCUGGAGCUCACUUUCUUCGACUUCGCUCGCCACACGAGCGAUACAAUGAUUAUCACUUCGCACGCAACGCUCGUGUGCGAAGACGAGAUCUGGUCAUUCAACGAUUUGCAAAAGACGAACCCAAGGAUAUGAGCCUGACGAUUAAAAUCGUGCUGACAGGGUGUCCUCCUGAAUAUGUCUUUUGUCAGCUGUAUCCGGAAGGCAGUUGGGACGAAGAGACACGCACUAGCAUAGUGCAUGCGAGUGAUCGUGAUGAGUGCGACGUAUCGCAUCGCAAUCGGGCUGUUUGGGUUGGAUAUGUGCCGGCUCCGAAUACACGGUCCACUGCGUACCGUUUCCUGCAGUGGCUUGUACGUCGGCGCGGUCUCCUCAUCGCCUGGAUAUCGCCCGAUCCACGAAUCUCAGACAAAAUCACCUUUGAUCACAGGAGAUGUGGACACCGGACCGCUUCUCGAACGGCAACACGGAUGCUCAGAAGACUAGAUCGGUAUCGAAAUCAAGACGUCUUUCCCAGUGGAUCAUUAUCGGGCGAUCAUGUGCUCUCCUACAACUGGGCGAAAUUCACCGUCGGCUUUAGCAUCGAACCCAUAGGAAUCCACCAGAGCGGCAUGACCGUGGUCGUCAAUUUCGACGACGGAGAGCACGGAUAUGGGGUCUUCGGGCAAAUCCUUAAUAAGCUGUUUCUCGUUGUGUCCGUUCCACUUUAUUUGCUCCACGACCUCCUUGCCACCUUCGUCACACGCAGGUUUUAG